AUGUAUCAUUCUGUUGACAGUGAACUGGAAAAUGAAUAUGAAAUCAGGACGUCUAAUUAUCCUGUCUUUUUAUACAAAUUCGGGCUAUUUCUUUUCCCCUAUAUAGUAUCGAACCCCUUCCAAGUUGCAUUAAUAUUUCAGCAGGUUCAAUAUACUCCCAGCGUCCUUUCGAAAAAGUCAAUCGAUGACAUUUGCCCAUCGCCUCCCUCUGAAGAGCCUUUAGAGACCCGUCUUUUGGAAGCCGAUGCUUAUUGUCAAGAAACCUCACAAAUUGCACCGUCCCCAUUGCCGCUGCCGGUUGAUAGUCUCGGAUAUGUAGAGGCCCCAAAGGAGAAGGUCAUUGGGACGUGUGUGUUAGAAGAUGGGUCUCUUUUAUCUACCGUUAUUGUUGGCUCAAAAGGAAUAACAUCAGUUGAUCUGACCUCCUGUUCUUUGCCGCUGGUUAUGAAAAUUUUAUCGGUCCAUUUUGGCGUGUCUGUUCUUUUCCGAGGCCUUGCCAGCUCUAUUUUUUACUCCUUCUCCAGGUCUUUUUUUAAACGGUCGCUCUCCAUACUAAUAGACUCUUUUCUUUUCGAAAAUUUUUUGUCUCUCACAGAUAUGAACAUUGAGAUUAUUUCAGAGCUCAUUUCCACUGUUUCUUCGUCACUGAUUUUGCUUCCUCUGGAAAUUAGCAAUGUUAGCAGAAUGCCAACCGAGAAAAAGUACAAUUCAAUACUUUCUUGUCUGGCUGGAAUGUACAACGAGGAGGGCGGGAUCUUUUGCUCGGUUUACCGGUAUCUUGGGCUAUCCACAUCCUUGUUCUACUUAUCUUCCUCUGUGUUCGGUAUUUGUAGAAACUUUUUCCUCUCAAAAUUGAUAUCAGUCUUCCUUGCAGAAGAUGCUAACAUUUCAUCAUGGGUUACUUUGGCAGUAUCGAUCUGUCUUCCCUUCCUGCUGGAUGGUGUUCAAGUAGCGAUAUUUCAGCCCUUUCAUAUUUCAAGAUUAAGGCUUAUGGCGCAAUUCAGACCUCCUCAAAAUAAACUGUUUGUUGAGAACAACCGCUCUUCUACUGCGGGCGCCUCGUUGAUGCCAUUUUACUACUGGUCCGGAAUUUCGCCCUCAUCGAACGCAGAACCAAUUCUAGUUAGAAGAUUAUCCGUAGUUCGUCCAUUUAUCGUUGGCACAUAUUUGUCUCCGAAGCCUUAUCAUGGUCUUUGGGAUACCAUAUUCCGGAUUUACAACGAGGAAGGCCUGAAAGCCUUGUAUUCUGGCUGGCGCUAUCGCUUGUUUGCCCUUUCAUUUAGAACCUUGACGUCUUUAAUUUCGAUCGAAUAUGAUGAUGACGAGCAUGCCGAUUACGAGCAGUACAAUGCAGACCUUGUUGGAGACCAUGACGGUGUCUAG